AUGGAGGAUCUUGCAGAAAGCAGAGCUGGCCUGGGCAUUCAGACCUCAGCUCUGCCAACCCCAUCCCACAGCUCCUCCCCAGGUUUUUCACAGUUCAGCCCUCAGCUCUGCCUCCUCCACUCUUUCCCGCAUAUCCUUCUCCACCAGCUUCUCCACAGCUCCCCCACCCCCAUCCCACAGCUCCUCCAGGUUUCUCACAGUUCAGACCCCAGCUCCACCGCCUCCUCCCCCUCACGUAGAUCCUCCUCCACCAGCUUUUCCACAGCUCCAACACCCCCAUCUCACAGCUCCUCCCAGCUUUCUCACAGUUCAGCCCUCAGCUCUGCCUCCACCCUCCCCUCCCGCAGAUCCUCCUCCACCAGCUUUUCCACAGCUCCCCCAGCCCCAUCCCAGAGCUCCUCCCCAGCUUUCUCAGAGCUCAGCCCUCAGCUCCGCCUCUUCCACCCUUUCCCGCAGAUCCUCCUCAACCAGCUUUUCCACAGCUCCAACAACCCCCUCACAGCUCCUCCCAGCUUUCUCACAGUUCAGCCCUCAGCUCUGCCUCCUCCACCCUUUCCCGCAGAUCCACCUCCACCAGGUUUUCCACAGCUCCCCCAGCCCCAUCCCAGAGCUCCUCCCCAGCUUUCUCAGAGCUCAGCCCUCAGCUCCGCCUCUUCCACCCUUUCCCGCAGAUCCUCCUCAACCAGCUUUUCCACAGCUCCAACAACCCCCUCACAGCUCCUCCCAGCUUUCUCACAGUUCAGCCCUCAGCUCUGCCUCCUCCACCCUUUCCCGCAGAUCCACCUCCACCAGGUUUUCCACAGCUCCCCCAGCCCCUUUCCACAGCUCCUCCCCAGCUUUCUCACAAUUCGGGCCCCAGCUACUCCCCCUGGCUUUCUCCAUUGGUCUCACCCAGAUACUCUCCCCCCCACCACCACCCAGUCCCGCCUUCUCCCCAAGCCCUGCCCCGCUUUUUGCCUAGCCCUGCCCACUGGCCACUGGUCAGGAGAUCCCAACCUGCCCUGGUCAUCUUGUGAGCCUCAGUGUCCGGAAGCCUUUGGUUUAUGGAAGGAAAAACGUCUCAAUGUUUCUCUCGUGGUGCCCAGGGCUCCUUGACAUGGGGGAAUCUUUGCGAGCCCAGUAAACGUGGCUUCUGAGGAGGAGGUGGUGGAACUGGAAAAGCAGGCUGUACUGACCAACCUGAAGCAGAAGUACCCGACUGCACUU